AUGGCGAGCAGCAGCACCAAUGGCAACGGCAUUGCACGCCCUCUUGAGGUGGCCGUUGUGGGUGGUGGCAUCAUCGGCGUGAUGACAGCGAUCGGCCUGCAUCGCCGAGGCAUAAACGCAGUCAUCUACGAGCGGGCGCCCACCUGGCACGAGGUCAGCGCCGGAUUUGCAUUCACGGGCGCAGCACGUGUGUGGAUGGAGAUGUUAGACCCUGCUCUCGUCGAGCUCCUGGGCAGAAUCAGCCAGAAGACGGACUCCACCACGAGCAACGCCUACUGGGAUGGCUACCACCCGCGAACCCAAGAGGAAGCCUUGGAUGAAUCAAAGUCGCUGAUGUUCAGGACACCGACCAACAACCUCAGCUUCUGGGGCUGCGUGCGCUCGCAGUUCCUCCAAGGCAUGGCGGACUUGCUGCCUGAGGGGUCAGCGAAGUUUGGGAAGCGACUUGCGAGCUACGACGAUGACAACCAGAGCGGCAAGGUCGUUCUCCACUUCGACGACGGUACCACAGCGGAGGCUGAUGUCUUGCUUGGAUGCGACGGCAUUCAUUCCUCCACCCGGAAAGUCCUGUUGGGCGCCGACCAUCCCGCCACCCGGGCGGGCUUCAGUCACACCGUUACCUACCGCACCAUGGUUCCUAUCGACGUGGGCAUCGCCGCGCUUGGCGAGAAGGUUGCGAAGAGCGCCUGUAAUCACUUGGGCCCAGGCGCAGACCUGCUGGUUUAUCCGGUUAUGUCCGGAACUCUUCUGAAUAUCGCCGUGUUCGCUUACGAUGGCUCGGAGUUUCCCGAUCCCGACAAGAUGACGAUUCCGGCAGAACGUAGCGAGAUCGAGCAACUUUUCAAGGGCUGGAGUCCGCAGCUCGCCAACAUUUGGAAACUAUAUCCCGAGAAGGUGGUCAAGUGGGGAAUCUUUGAUCUGGAAGCAAACCCGCCCCCGACGUAUGCGGGCGGCCGCGUCUGUCUCGUCGGCGAUGCCGCGCACGCCAGCACCCCAUAUUUGGGAGUCGGCGCCUGCACAGGCGUUGAGGACGCUCUUGUAAUCUGCACGCUCUUGGAGUCGGUGCAGCAGAAGGCAUUUGGCGGCGAUGCGCUGAAAGAGGCGCUGACAGGAGCACUACAGACCUACAGCCAGGCAAGGUUGGAGCGUGGCCGGUGGAUCCAUCACCACUCCCGCCAGAUGGGUCAGAUGUAUCAUUGGCGAUACGGCCCGACUGGGCGCGACCCGGAGCGGAUGAAGGAGACGCUCGAGAAAAACUGGUCCACGGUUGUGAACUACGAUGUUUUGGAAGCGCUGGAGCCUGAGCUACGCGAAUUGGCGAGGUCUCACAAGAAAGUAGUAUGA